AUGCUGAGGCGCGGGAUCGCGCGCGCGUCGCGCGCGCUCCCGCCGUCUCCUCUCCUCCUCCUCUCCCUCCAAGCGCGAUACCUCGCGACCGACGCGCCGCGCGCGCCCGCGCCGCCGUCGUGCCUGUACGCCCUCCUCGGCCUGGAUCCGGCGGGCGCCGCGUCGAGGCGAGACAUCAAACGCGCGUUCCGAGAGGUCGCCAAGCGCACGCACCCGGACGCGACGCGCGCGGACGACGCGGUCGCCGCGGAGGCGUUCGUCAGAGUCCUCGCCGCGUACGAGAUCCUCUCGUGCGAGAAGCGCAGGGCGCUGUACGACGCCGAGCGGCUCGACCGCGCGAGGCGGACGACGGACGACGAUCGCGAUCAGUCGUCGUCGUCGUCGUCGUCGCGUGGGCGCGCGCGCGAUGCCGCGGACGCGUUCGAGAAGUACUCGGACGUGUGGCGCGACUACAACGGCGCCGUCGACGCGCUCGUGCCGAAGCGCGCGCUCGCGGCGGAGCUCCGCCGCGCGCUCGAGUUCGUCGCGGAGGGGCCAGAGGUGGACGUCGACGCCGUUCGCCUCGGCGAGGAGUUCCCGCGCCGGUUCGAGACGGAAGAAAGCGCCACCGCGAAGGUCGUCGCGGACCGAGAGGGCGUGGUCGACCUCGCGCACGUCGUGUCCGGGCGGACCGUGCUCGCGGUGAUCAGGGAGGCGCGCGCGCGGGAGGAGAUCGGCGAGGAGAUCGGCGCGGAGGGGGCGAUGCGGGCGCUCGCGGGAGCGGUCGGCGGCGGUACAGCUGGCGCGGCGAACGAGGCGAACGAGGCGACCGAGGAGGACGACGCACAGCUGUGCGACGGCGGCGACCCCCCCGACGCGCGCCAUCGCCGCGGCCGCGACGACGCGAAGCUGGAGCUCGUCGUCGGCGGCAGGGUCGUCGCGAUCGCGACGAGACGCGACGCCCUCGGCGACGUCGUCGUCCGUCGAGCCCCGGACGCGACCGCGGACGAAGCCGUCCUCCGAGCCGCGUCGACUUCGUCGGGUGGAGCCGGCGACGCGUACCGUUCAAACUCCAUUUCAAACUCCGACGGCCUCGUGUGCGUCGUCUCCGCGCUCGACGGCGUCGUGACCGACGCGGGAGGGACGACGCGGCACAGGAUCGUCGCGCACGCGACGCCGGGGGUGACGCGCCUCGCGUGGAUCGACGCCGCCGCCGGCGUCGUCGUCGCGAAGGCGACCAGGGCGUGGCUCCCGCCGUCGGACGCGUGGCUGUUCGCGCCGAGGUCGCGGGACCACGACAUCGGGGGGUGGUACUUCGAGCUGAGAGGAGGACGCAAGGAAGAGGAAGGACUGUUGGGGGAAGGCGAGGAUGCGCGCGAUGAUGACGCGUUUCGCGCGGCGGGGCGGGAUUUCCGAGCGUUCGCGAAAGCGGCGGGGGCGGACCCGGACGCGGCGGCGCGGCGACGAAGGGACGCGGUGGCGCUUCCGCCCGCGGUCGCGCUGUUUUGCACCGCGUUUAGGCUCCUCGACAGGGAGCGCGGCGAGGCGCGAAGCGCCGGCGGCGGAGGCGCGGUGCGGCGGAUGUGGGAACGCGUCUUCGGUCGGCGGUAUUAA